GGCCGGACUCGAAUGCCCCUUCACUUGGUCGCUGGUGUGGAAAGAGUGAACCUAUCAAACGCAGUUCUGGUCCUGUUAUAUUCCUCAAAUUCGAGUCGGAUUCAUCUGAUGUUGAUCGUGGGUUCAGGAUACAGUAUACCAACGUAUAUACUUAUCAUUCACGUGAUUGGGAUUCUGAUGUUGGAGCCAUUGUUGGAGGUUCGAUCGGCGGCGCGUUUCUUUUGCUACUCAUAAUAAGUGUAAUCGGCAUAUGCAUCUACAAACACGGCCAACGCACCACUACCACCAACAUCCCAGUGCAAUAUACUGUAGGCCAGGUACCUGUGAUCAACCACUUUGGCCAAGCUCAGAUCACCAACGCAAUGCCCGCCACAACCUACACUGGACCUCCUACCUACACACUGGCAGCUCAGGGUUCUGCCGUACCUUCUUGUGGGAACGUCAAUGCGGAAGCACUGCCAAACAAAUAUUGAAGGUCCAUGUGUACAUCCAUCA